AAAUCGCUCCCAGCAUUCAGGUUUGGCAAAUCCAGUAUGCCAAAUCCACUGUGUGGCACCCUGGGAUGGUACGCAGUGGUCGGUGGUUAUUUGUGGACCUUUUUUCGGCACUUUUUGGGGAGACAAAUUCAGACAAGAACAGCCUCGUCCCUCCGUGCUGUCGCCGUUCUCCUCCCCCUACUCCCCCGUUAAGACUCAGAGCCCCUCGCUGCAAGCAUGGUGGUGAUGAAGAUGAAGUUCCCCUUCCAGAAAAGGGUUAAGCUCGCCCAGGGACUGUGGCUCCUCUCCUGGUGUGCCACGGUAGCCGGGGCCAUCACCUUCACUCUUGGGUGCAUCCUCAAGACAGAACUCCGCAGGAGGGCAGAGGUAAUGGAUAAUGCAGACAUACAUAUCGUUCCCAACACCCUCAUGAUAGUCGGUCUGGCCUCAUUGGGCAUCAACUACUUUGCAUCGAAGAUCUGUCAGGAUGCCCUGGACGCUGGCCGAUUUCCUCGCUGGAAGACCUUUUUGAAGCCCUACUUUGCCGUCUCGUGUUUUUUCACUGUCCUCAUGCUGCUGGCGGUCAUCAUGAGCUAUGCGAUGAAGGGCAGUCUGGAGUCUUCUCUGAAGGUCGGCCUUAGGAACGGCAUCCGCUUCUAUAAAGACACAGACACCCCGGGACGCUGCUUCCAGAAGCAGAACAUCGAUCGCUUGCAGAUGGAGUUUCGGUGUUGUGGAAACAAUGACCACCGGGACUGGUUUGAGGUCCAGUGGAUCAGCAAUCGCUACCUUGACUUCAACUCCAAGGAAGUGAAAGUCCGCGUCAAGAGCAAUGUGGAUGGACGAUACUUGGUAGACGGCGUCCCGUUCAGUUGCUGUAAUCCCAGUUCUCCGCGACCGUGCAUCCAGUAUCACCUCACCAACAAUUCAGCUCAUUAUAAUUAUGAGUACGAGACAGAGGAGCUCAACAUCUACCUGCGGGGCUGCAGGGAGGCCCUGGUCAACUACUACAUGGGCCUGAUGAACACCAUUGGGGCUGGAGUACUGUCAGUCUUCCUCUUGCAGGGUUCCGUGCUGGUGAGUUUGCGCUUCCUGCAGACCUCCAUGGAGGCAGUAGCAGGGAAGGAGAACACAGAGAUUGAGACAGAAGGAUACUUGCUGGAGAAAGGAGUGAAGGACACCUUCAUGGAGUACUUUGACCCAGUUCUCAAGUUCCUGCUGCUUAAAAACCAGGUGCAAGAGGGCACGCCUGCAGACACAGCAGCCCCAGCUUCCACCUAAACGUCAGGGUUGUACACAUAUGUAUAUACUUUUUACAAAGGGAGGGGAAAUGGUUACAAUCCUAAUUACGAUUUUGUUCUUAAAAUGUCUUUUGGGCUUAGAAUUUGCAUUUACAGAGGAGCAUCAAACUAAAUAUCCGGUAUACCCAAUUAGUGCACGUUCAGGAGAUAAACAACACGCAUGGGUUUUGCUGUUUUUGUCAAUUGCAUGAUUUGACACAAGAAGAAGAGGCUCAAAACAUCUCAACGCAUAUCAUAUGUAAGAAUGUGUAUUUUCAAGGUUCUUCGGUUAUUAACAACAUGCCUAUAGUAUUUCUUUGCAUUCAAAUAAACAGAUACCACUAUAGUUGA